ACCCCUGGGGUACAAGAAAGAACCAUGCUCUUUAAGAUAGAAGAUCUGGGUUCUAGUCUCAACUCUGCUACUGUUCGGCCAUCAUUUCUCUUUGGGUCUGUUUCCUGCUCUAUAAAAACUAAAGAGUAGAUGAGGUGAUCUCCAAGUUCCUGGUCUGAUGUCUUAUUGUUUGGCUACCCAGUGUGUCAGUCAUUUGCUUGAUGGCUCUCAGAUCCCCACCCUUCCCCUACUCUGCCUUAGACUGCAGAGGGCUAGUGCCUGCAAUAUACAUUUCCCAGUCUCCUUUGUCAUCUGGCUUUGGAAGGCUGGUGGAAGACUGGAAGGUGGGAAGUAAGGAGAUGUCAGGGUAUUUCUCCCCUUCUCUGUUUUGGGAGGCAACUCAAGUAGUGGCUGUGUCUCCAUGGUUACAGAUCCUGCUAGACAGCCCUCAUCUUCCUAUUUGCCUUUUGUGUUCUUCCACCACCUUGGUAACAAAUUCCCUGUGUCAAACUCCCUCUGUUGAACCAUCUAACAACUGCCGUUUUCCUCACCAGACCCCAACUAACACAGCCAGGUUGUGGAUUAUCUGCGGUCAGUUUUCAAUCCCACUGCUGUACACCCUUGUGUGCAUCCUUAAUUUAAUAUCCACCAAGAGAAGGAAAUGGAAGGCAAGAGAAAGGAGGAAAAUGAACUGUCAAAGACUGAGCAUAACCCUGGCUAAAUCCAAACCUCUGCCCAUUUUUCCCCAGCGCACUGCACAGCUGAACACAGCUGGAGAAAACCCACACAACCUUGCUGUCCGGUCUCACUUUAAAGCCUAGAUCGUUAUCCUAAAGUGGGCCCGUAAUACUGCCCUGCAGUCAUCCUGCAGUUUCCUAGAUCAUUCACUCUCCUGCUUUCCUAGGCGACUGUUUCUUUCCUGGUCCUCUCUACUCAAAUGCCUAGCACCACCUCCUCCCCCAUCAUCACUCUCAGCUAAAGAUCUUGCUUCCUGUUUCACUGAGAAAUCAGAAGCGUUCAGAAAGAGCAAGCUCCCACUACCACACCUCUCCACCUACUACCUCUACCAAUUUAUUCUACUUCCCCUCCAGUAACUGUGGGUGAACUGUUCACACAGCAGGCAGGGGGCCACCCUUAGCUCUGUUUCUUGUGCAUGAGACCUAUUUCUUCUAGUCUACUUGGCAAUAUUGCUCCAAAUAUUCUCCUUUCUCUCUUCUGCAUUGUCAGUUUUCCUUUUCUAUUUGAUUUUUCCCAUCAGCAAACAUACCAUAUUUCUGUCAUUUAAAUUUUUUUCUCUUGAUGCUACUCCCUCUCUGGCCACUGCCCCACUUCUCCCUACUCUUUUAGCGAACUCUUCCAGAGAGUUGUCUUUGCUCUCUUCCUUCUAUUCUUUCUCAAGCCCACUCCAAUCAGGCUUUUGCCUUCACCACUCCAUUGAAACUGGUCUUGGCAAAGUCACUAAUGACUCUGCAGGGCUAAAUCUAACGGUCAACUCUCAGUCCUUAUUUUAUCGGACCUUCCCACAGCAUCUGGCACAGCUGGUUCCUCCUCCUCUCCCACUCUAACUGUUGGGCACUCAGGACUCGGUCUUUGGAUCCUUUUUCUUUCCUACCUUCAGUUCAUCAAAUCUGGUGACUUUAAAUUCCAUCUACAUUUCUCUUGGUGCCCACCUUUAUACUUCCAGUCUGGGCCUCUCCUCUGAGCUCCGGAUUCAUAUAUCCAACUGCUUGCUCAACAUCUCCAUCUAGAUGUCUAACAGACAUCUCCUCGUUUAAUAGAUCUAAAACUGAGCCCCUGAUAUUUCCCCCUCUCAGUAAAUGGCAACUCCAUUCUUCCAGUUGUUUAGGCCAAGAACCUUGGAUAAUUCUUUCUCUUAAAUGGGGAUGGAUCCAUCAGGGAAUCCUACUGACUCUAUCUACAGAAUAUAUCCAGAAACUGACUACCGCAACACAGAUCCAUGCCCCAAUCAUCUUGUGCCAAGAUUAUUUCAAUAUUCUCCUAUAUGAGUUCCCUACUUACAGCCUUACUCCUUUUAUUCUAUUCUCAACGCAGCCACCAGAGCAACCCUUUUAAUGCAUAAGUCAAGUCAUAUCACUCCUCAGCUCACCACAAGAAGAAGCUAAAAUUGUUACAAAUGCUACAAGCCCCCAAAGAGUCUGGCCCCGCUCUCUCUGACCUCACCUCCCCAUCACUCCUUCUGUUCCAGCUACACUGGCCUCUUCGCCUCCUUGAACACUCCAGGCAUACUUCUGCCUCAGGGCCUUUGCAUUUCCAUUGCUUCUGCCUAGAAUGCUUUUCCCUCAGAUAUCCUUCCUCCUUCCUUCAUAUCGCUAUUGAAAUGUUACAUUCUCAAGGUGGCCAUCUUUGACCACACUAUGUAAAAUUGCAUGCUCUCCUGACACCCUCUAUGAUCCUCCCCUAAUUUAAUUUUUUCCCCAACAGUGAUUUCCAUCUAAUAAACUGUAUUUUUUACUCAGUUAUUUUUGUCUGUGGUCUUUCUUCCCCCACUAAAGUAUCUAGCCAGAAGAUUUCUCUGUUUUCUCACUGCUAUAUCCCCAGAGUGCAGUAUACAGUGCCUGGCACAUAGUAGGUAGUCAAUAACUAUGGAUGAAUGAACGAAUGAAUGAAACCACAGAAUCAAACUUCCUUAAACCCUACCCUUCCUCUGGGCUGCUUAUCAUAGAAGACAAAAAUGUCCUUAUUGUCAAGUCAGAUUGAAGUGGGGUUUCUCUUUUCAUGUACUUUUAGCAGAAGUCAGCCUAACUGAUGCGCAUGUGUGAUCUUGUUUAAUCUUCAUGCCAACUCUGAGAGUUAGGUAUUUUCUCUCCAUUUUUCAGAUGGGAAAGGUGAACCCCAGAGAGAUUAAGUUACAGGCCAGAGGUCACACAGCUAAUAAGUCCCAGAGCUCAGAUCCCCAACCCACCUGACUGAUGCCACAGCUGUGAGUUCUCGGCUGCAGCACUCCACACAGACCACCCUCUCCAGAAAUGACACCAGGGCUGAGCUGAGUCAGCAGCCACAGGACUGGAGGGUCUGCGUGCCACCAGAGAUCUCCACAAAAGAAACAUUUGCUCCCCCCAAACCCUCAAGUGUCAGAUGUCAGAAUAAUCAUCUUGUUUCCUGAGUUUCACAAUUUGUCUUGUUGCUGUCAUUAUUGCCUGUCUGCUUCCCCAUUCUGUGUCUCCCCAGCACCUAGCACCAUGAAGGGAUAAAUGAACUAAUUCAGACACAAUUCUGUUUAAUAUCAUUCAUCCAUUCAACAAUCCUGCUUGAGCACCUGCCUUGUUCUAAGCACUGUCUUUGUGAUGCUUACAGUCUGCUAAGGGAGGAGGACAUUAAAUAAUCACAGAAAUAAAUCACAGAAAAAAACAAAACAAAACUGUGAACAGUACCAUAAAGGAAAAGUAUGGGAUGCUGUGAAAGUAGACAAGAGAACCCCCUAAUUUCAACGGGAGCAUGUCAGUGAGGGCCUCCAGAUCUGAAGGGUGAAGGGGAAGUGGUCCUAGAAGAGGAAAUAGCUUAUGCAAACAUCCUAAGGAGUGAAUGAAGGAUAGUGAGUGUGCCUGGAAUACAGUUGAUGGUCUCAUCUUGUCAGUGGUGGCCUGUGUCUCCUAGGAUCUGCCUUCAAGGAGGGGAAGGAAGGGGGAGACAUCCUCCAUGUUUACAGUUUAACACACUUCUGACAAGGAUGGGGGGGUGUGUGGACACAGCCUGACCUUGACUCACUGAUGGAAACAGCUCUGUCCUCAGUGUCUCUAUGUCCAGAAAUUUCAAGCUUGGUCCGUUUUCCCUGGUCCAGUGUAAUUGAGAGAACCAGUCACUACAAAUCACUCUGUCUGGGAGCAACUGGGAUGUCUCCAGAACUGAACAACAGGGGCCAAGGCAGGAUUCCAGCAAGGAGGGCUUUGCAGAAGUUACCAUUUGUGUCGCAGUUCCUGUGGCUUUCACCUAGGAGGGCUGGGUGGGGCCAGCGUAGCAUUAAGGGAUGGAGGCCACUGCCCACUAAUGGCUGUCUCCCCUUUCACUGCAGCCCUCCCCAACUCCCAAGCAGCCAGGGCCCAGCAGAGAAGGCCCCAGGGCACAGGGCUGGCCUGCUGCUAGCAACCUGAAGGGAGGAGUUAAGAAGGCCGGGCUGACGGCCGCAAAGACAGAGCUGUGUUUAUCCAGGAAAAGAGGUUGUACGUAGGCAACGGAGGCCCCUGCCAGCCCCUCCCGGGACUGGGCUGGGGUAGCAAGCUGGAGAGAAAGCUGCUCCCCCACCCCGGGGCUCUGAACGCCUCCUGGCCAGAGGCCAGGACCCAGAGGCGGCCCACCAGUGAGGCCUGCACUCUGGGCGCCUGACCGAGCCUGCUGCCGUGGGCUCAGACUCCCAGGCAGAAAGUCGGAACCUCGCGCUCCCUGAGGCCUCCACCUGAGACGCUGGGUUUGGACCCUCUCGGCCUCGUGGAACUCGGACUUUCAGCCCCCCCACCCCACCGCAUGUGGCUCUUGGAGAAAGCUGGCUACUGGGUGGGGGCCGCGGAGCCCAGGGCCCGGUGGGCGCCCUCCGGCCUGUUUCCUAAGCGCCGCACCCCGUGCCCGCUGGCUCGCGCCUGCCCCAACGUCCUCACCCCCGAUCGCAUUCCGCAGUUCUUCAUCCCGCCUCGGCUCCCCGACCCAGGCGGCGCCGAGCCCCUCAGCGGGCGCGACGUGGACGGGCGCGGCCUCCCCGAGGCCUGUUCGCUGCCGCACUUGGCAGGCCGCGAAGGUUGGGCCUUCCUGCCCGAGAGCCCACACACGCGCCGGCGCGAGUCCCUGUUCCACUCGCCGCCGCCCGCCCCGUCCGGGGGGCUGCCCCCUGCGCAGUUCAGGCUGCACGUCUCCUCCCCGGACCUGCGCCUCUGCCGGGCCCCGGACAGCGACACGGCCUCGUCGCCCGACUCGUCGCCCUUUGGCUCGCCGCGGCCAGGCCCCGGCCGGCCCCGGCCGCCCAGGCCGCGCUCGCUGUCCCCAGAGGAGGCGAGCUCGGCCGACACCAGCCCGUACGCGCCGCGCCGAGCGGGGCCGCCCACGCCGCCGCUCUUCCACCUCGACUUCUUGUGCCGCCAGCUGCGGCCGGCCAAGGAGAGCGUGCUGCGCCUCGAGCCCCUGGGCGGGCAGCUGCGGCUAUCCGCCGAGUACCAGGCCUGGCCCGGGCGGCUGCGGCUGCGCCUGGUGAGCGCCGAGGGCCUGCCCGGGUCGCGGGCCGGCCCCGGGAGCGGCGGCGGCGGCUGCUGCGUGGUGCUGAGGCUGCGGCCGCGCGCCCGGGCGCGGGGCCAGCGGAGCCGCGUGGUCAAAUGCAGCGCCAACCCCAUCUUCAAUGAGGACUUUUUCUUCGACGGGCUCGGCCCGCCUGACCUGGCCGCCCACAGUCUGAGGGCCAAGGUGCUGGACAGGGGAGCAGGCUUCCGCAGGGACGUGCUGCUGGGGGAGUGUGAGACGCCCCUGAUUGCCCUGCUGCCCACCCUGCGUGGUGGGCUAGGUCCCGGAGCCUCCCUGGCGCCUGCCCAUCUCAGCCUGUAGCCUGAGAGACUGCCUCUUCCUCAGGAGGUCUCCAGCGGGUCUGCAGUCCUCAUUCUUUCCAUCUGCCCGGCAUGUAUUUAUUUUUGCUAAUAAAAUAUCUGUUUGUCUCUG